GGCAAGGGCCAGGGCCGCCAAAGUCCCAACGCCCGUUGGGACCUCUAUUUGCAAUACGCCUGGCGCAGUGGUGGCUCGCUAGGAAUGCUGGAUGUUGUAUUCCAGCCUCACGACUCAACUCGCCGUUGUCUCACGCCCUGCCACGAGGCAGACCCUCCCGUCAGCUCUCCCAUGUCUCAAGCCGAACCACGCUCUACCCAGCCAACUGCAGCAUUUAGGACGCCCGUUUUUUCUUCUUAUCCAACCUGGUCCACCACGUUGUCUUGCCUUUUGUCCUUUUACUUUCGCCUUGACUCACUUCGCUUCCACACCGCUCUUUUAUUACAUGCCUCGAAUUCCUCUACCCUUGAUUCCACGUUCUUGCCUCAGUGGAUCAUCUCAGCUUGGGUCCACGAUUCGCUGGCUCCAAAACUCCCAAGAGCCACAGCCCGAACGGCUCCCCGCUAAAGUCGUCCACCAAAUCGGUCGGGGCUCUGGAGCAAAACUGUUUCGCCGAGCUGACGCUGACUGCUGCAAGCCAAGCCAUGUCCCGUCUCUAGACCGCUGUGCUGUUACGUAUCUGCAUGCAUGCAUGGAUCUUUUAUGCAUGGCCCCUCGUUCACGCGCGAAUGGCAUGGUAUGCUUCUGGAUCCCUCGCAGCGUCUUUGUGUUACCGUGAGCUUGUUGUCAUUCCCACGGUAGCCGGAUCUACGGCCCUCUCUCCGUUCCGCACGAUAAUGUCUGGCUGUUGCACUUGACAACACAUGCUGAUCCCCUGACCGAGACGUCGGUAAGGAGACUCCG